AUGGAGCCCCAGAAGGGUUAUCUCCGUCGUAUUGCGUUCUUUGUCUUCGAGAUGUGGCUUGCAACCGUCUUUGCUCUGCUUAUCUUAUUUGCGCUCGCGAGCAUCGGCAGGUCCUUGGGCAUGCUAGAAAAGAGCUACUACACCGGGAUUGGAGUAGCUUCUCCGGGAGAUAGUAUCAUAUCUCAAGAUUCUUCCGAGAAUGGCGAAACUGAUGGGAUCCUUCCUCAGUCUGAAUUUGCAGAUUUGGCCCAGAUGUUGCCCAAGGUAGCCACCGACGACAGGACGGUGAUCAUCACGACGGUGAACGAAGCGUUCGCGCGUCCCAACUCGCUUCUCGGCCUCUUCCGCGAGAGCUUCCAGGUCGGUGAAGGGAUCGGCCACCUCCUGGACAAUGUCCUCGUCGUCGCCGUCGACGCCAAGGCGUUCAGCUACUGCAAGGCCGUGCACCCACACUGCUACCUCCGGCAGGUGAAGACCAUGGACCUCAGCUCCGCCAACAACUACAUGACCGAGGCCUACGUUGAGCUCGUCUGGACCAAGCUCUCCCUGCAGCAGCGCGUCCUCGAGCUCGGCUACAACUUCCUCUUCACGGACGUGGACAUCGUGUGGUUCCGCAACCCGUUCCGGCACAUCAGCGUGUUCGCGGACAUGACGACGUCGAGCGACGUGUUCUCCGGCGACGUCGACAGCCUGGACAACUGGCCCAACACGGGGUUCUUCUACGUGAAGGCGACGAACCGGACGGUGGAGAUGCUGCUAGGCUGGCUCGGCGUCGCUCGCCAGCAGCAGACGCUCCUCCAGAUCGCGGUGAGCGAGCUCGGGCAUCUGGGCUUCCCUGAGUACGUUGUCGACGCGGCGAAAGCGAAGAGGAGCGUCGUCAUCAUGAUCGGCGUCGAGCUGCGGCGGUGGCGCACGGCGCGGGCGCGGUUCCCGCCGAACCACGAGCAAGCCAUCUUCAACGAGAUCAAGCACGAGCUCGCCCAUGACCUGGGCGCGCGCGUCCAGUUCCUCAACUCGGCGCGCUUCGGCAGCUUCUGCCGGAUCUUCCACAUCGACAUGGCCGCGGCGUGCACCAUGCACGCCAACUGCUGCGUGGGGCUCGGGAACAAGCUGCACGACCUAACGGACGUGCUCGGCCAAUGGAAGAACUACUCGGGCCUGAUGCCGCAGGAGAAGAAGAGGCAGAAGUUCACAUGGAAGGACCUGGCCAAGUGCGGGACUCCGGACAAAACGCACACAUGA